CAUCGCCAGAGGCGGAGGGAGGAUCGAAGAGCAGGAGCAGAGGCGCUCGAGCGCCGGGCGUAGGCGGCGGGGACCCAGGCGGAGGCGGCCCGAGGCGGGUGGCCGAGCUCCCCGGCCCGGUCACCUUGUCCCGGAGGUAGAGCACUGCUCAACUCUGGAUUGUCAUGGUGCUGGGAAUUGACCCGAGGACUUUGGUGCCUGAGGCAUGUGAGAUGGGCCCUGUGAGACAGGUGUGAGCCAGGCCCUGGGCCCCAAAGCACCAUGGACGGCCUGGUGGAGCAGAAGGGCACAGUGGCCCACGGCAAGAGGAACGGCCUCAUCAACACCAGGAACUUGAUGGCUGAGAGCAGAGAUGGCUUGGUAUCUGUGUACCCCACACCCCAGUACCAGAGCCGCCUUGGGGUGUCCGGACCACUGCCGGCCCCCCUGGCCCCCUUACCUUCCCUGGAUGGAGGCCGGAGCCAGGCUGCCCAGCAGUUGCUGGACCCCGAGGCGCUACAGCGCUCAGUGGGGGCCCACUACCGACCCAACAUCAUCCUGUACUCCGAAGGCAUGCUGCGCUCCUGGGGGGAGGGCGGGGGCCCCGACUGCUGUGAGACCACCUUCAUCGAGGACCGCUCACCCGCCAGGGACAGCCUGGACUACCCCGAUAGCAAGUUCCUCGACCUCUCGGCUGAUGACAUCAAGAUCCACACACUGUCCUAUGAUGUAGAGGAGGAGGAGGAGGAGUUCCAGGAGCUGGAGAGCGACUACUCGAGCGACACAGAGAGCGAGGAUAACUUCCUCAUGAUGCCGCCACGGGACCACCUGGGCCUCAGCGUCUUCUCCAUGCUCUGCUGCUUCUGGCCGCUGGGCAUCGCUGCUUUCUACCUGUCCCACGAGACCAACAAGGCGGUGGCCAAGGGGGACUUCCACCAGGCCAGCACCAGCUCGCGGCGGGCGCUCUUCCUGGCUGUGCUGUCCAUCACCAUUGGCACCGGCGUGUAUGUGGGUGUCGCCGUGGCCCUCAUCGCCUACCUCUCCAAGAGCAGCCACCUCUGAGCCCAGCCUGUGUCAGAGGGCCCUGAAAUGUUCCACCAGACCUCCUGGACCUGACACCAUCUCAGCACUGUGCAGAGCUUGGGCCAUGGGCACAGCAGCCUUCCUGGGAGCAGCAAAGGGCCAUCUCUGCCUGGUCCUGAGGGCUGGGGGCAGGCCGGGCAGCCCAGGGAAUCAGCAAUACACAGACCAGAGUGGGCAGGGGAGGGGCCAGGAAAUAGGCAGAGGACAGGGACACGGCAUCCCCAUCCCUCAGGUCUUGCUUGUUCCUGGCAGCCCUAGCCACUGGCCUUCCCUGCCAGCUGAGCAGGGAGACACAGGCUGCUGGGGAGAGGGGGACAUAUCCUGUCUGGGGGACAUAGGGGCUGCUGGGGGAAGCCCUCAUGCUCUCCAGCUUCAGAUCAGCUCUGAGGACUGAGCAGCACAGGAGCCAUCCCCAGGAUUCUCCUACAGGACAGGUCAGCUAAGCACCCACCUUCCAGCAAUAUGCAGUCUUAGGCCUGGCCACCUCGUGUGGGGCAGCCCUCAGCCCACCCACCCCCACCCCAGGAUGCCUCACUGGAGCACCGCAGGGUAUCUGCAGGGGGGGGAUACCACCUCAGCUUCAAGACUCAAGGAGGUGAGGCUCCCCGGCCCCAGAGCUGGCACUCAGCUAGUCACACAGGCAGCAACAUGUUGGUCUCACAGGAGAUGGACCUUCUCUGUCAACUAAAGGAACGGCUGUUUUCUUGUCAUUUUUUAAGUGUGAAUCCUGCUUCAUGCUGCUUCCGUUACGAGAUGAAUGCUGAGAAAUAAGUAAUCAUGGACAUUUUAAUACCAUUCCACUGCUGUUUUAUGAGUGUUCAUUAUUUAACAAAAAUUAUCUUUUAGCUUUUC